AUGGCCAUCAGAGCUCUUUGCUUGUUGCUGCAGCUGGCUGCCGUCUCUGCGUCGCGUGACUGGCUGGCUCCCUUCCGGCGGCUGCAGGUCAGCGCUCCUAUGGUGGUCCAUGUCAUCACAGACCCAGCUAAGAAGCAUCCCGUGCUGGAAGUUGCGGCGGACUCCAUUGGCCUUGGAUGGACAGUGCAGUCCCAGGUUCAGGUCAUGACCUUCGGAUCCACCCUCCUUUUGGGUAUGGAUGACCGGGCCGUCAGGCAACAUUUCGCUUGGCCCAAGGGUGGCCAGAUUGCAAACCUCACCGUGCCGGAGACACUCGAAGCCGUCGCCGUCACUGGCGGUGCUGAUGUUUGGGUGGACAACGUCACGGGAGGCCUUGCAGCAGAUGGAAAGAGCAAUCUGACAGUGGGACGCAUGGAGGCGAAUCCAAAUAUCUCACACUUCAUCCUUGCAGACGAUGCCAACAUUACCAUCAUCUCUGGCGUGAUUGGAGAUGCCGUUGUCCAAGCUUGGAGCGGUGGCAAGGUGAACUUGGAGGGGAGCGACAUUGCUGGGACUCUUAGCAUCAAGGUCGAUCCGAACUCCUCUGUCCUCAUUCUUCCACCGGCUCCGGCAUCCACGAAGCCGGUGAAGGGCAACGCCACGGCCAACAGCUCAACAAAUGCCACAGCCAACAUCUCGACUGGUGUGCCGAACAGCACCGUGCAUGCAGCGAAUGGGACCCAGAAACCUGCAGCGAAUGCGACGAAGCAGGCAGACUACGCAACGGUGGUCAUCCCAUAG